AUGGACCCUCCGGCAGAAGAGGCCAAAGCGGAGCUUCGUCUGCUUCAGCGCAGACCUCCCGUGCGAGGUACCGCUGAGAAUGAGGUCUAUGUGGCGCACCAUCAGAGCCUUGCGGUGCUUUUCAAGCGUAUCAGGCGGCUCCUGGACUGUGGCCACAAGGAAGUACUCGUUCAUGGUAUGGGAGCAAGCAUCACCAAAGCGAUAUAUGUGGUGCAAGACAUUCUACUCCAUUAUGGUGAUCAGAUACAGCUAGAGACACGGCAUGGAACCGUGGACGUGGUGGAUGACGUAAUUGGGGAAUGCGAGUCCUCUGUGCAGGAACGCAGAGUAUCUGCGUUGAUUCUACAUCUCCGGCUUGCCGAACCGGAGAGUGGGAAUGUAGGCGCUGCCCUCAAACCAAGGAUUUCUUCUUGGUUGAGUAGGGUCGCCAAACCAGAACAGAAACUCUCACAUGAAGAUUUGAAUCGCAAGUAG